AUGAUCAUCGCCCGUUCCAUUUCCUCGUUUUCUCGAUACUAUUGCUGCCAACUUCGCCAGCUUCACAUCCAAUUGGGACUCUUGUCUUCGUUUGCACACGAGGUCUUACCCCGCCCCACUUUGACAGCCUCGAACACAUAUAGAAGCCCGAAUCCCCCCAAAGCCGUCCGCCUCAUCAGCAUCAUGCCUCCCCCCAGAAAAGCAAAACGCAAACUGGGGCAGUUUGUCAAUGACACGAUAGCUCAAGCUCAGGCAUCUCCGAAAAAGCUCAGACAGAAACUCACUCGCAGCCCUGUUGCGCCUAUGAGCACCAUGGCGACAGCAACGGUUUCUUCUUCGGCUGCAAACGACGACGGCAUCGAUUACCAGUCCUUGGCAUUGUUUGUUGAGCAGCAGAUGAAAGACCCAAAACCGAUCACACCUCUCCAACGUAGGGCGCUGACUGAUUUGACUUCUUCUCUCAAGGAUGAAGAGCCUGAUACUGGUGGUCAUGACUGGAUCAGCUUAUUGCAGAGAUACAUCGACGCCCACAAGGCCAGAACCGAAAAUUCCAUCAUCUACAAAGACGAAGCCAUAUCCGCAGCUCCAAGCACAAAAUGGAACUGCAUACUAAUCUUUUCCCGCUCCAUCGGCUCUCAACCACUUGUUUUUCCCCAGCCAGAGAAGCUCGUCCAGAAUGGCUUCGCCAAGAAGAAGGACGCGAAGAAGUACGCGGCGAAAUGCUGCGUCGAAUGGCUGAUGGCAGAGGGGAUGAUGCCAAAGGAUGGGAAAAGCGUGACGUUCCCCCAUGCCUCGAAUAAGAUGAUGGCUUCGACGAGCAAGAUCUACAGCCCCUUGUCAUCCCAACCGUCAUCCCCCAACCCACAUGCUGCUGCUCAAGGGGGACAUUCUUCCUCAGCAACGACAACACCCACCCAGUCAUCCCCCUCUGAACCUCCUCCCCCGCCAAAGCCAACAGACUCGACCACCUCACUACUUGACCCCCCGGGCGGAGCCCCUCUUGACCCUCCACCGGAUGAUGAAGAGAAUGACACUGCACCAGGGGAAUUACCUUCUAAGAGAGUGGCUGCGCUGUGUGAGAAAUUGGGGUUUCGACCGCCGAGGUAUGUUUUGAUUGCUAGAGCUGGUCAGGAUGCAGUAUUCGAUGGGCAUGCCGACAUGGGGCCUGACAGUUGGAUCAUACCUGAUGGGGUGGGGGAGAAGGGCUUUGGGAGGGUGGAGGGGGUGUAUGGUAAGAAGUUUGCGAAGGAUAUGGUUGCGCAGAAUAUACUGGGUAUUUUGGAACAGGAGGAGAGGAAGAGAGCUGGUGAGGUGAGGGGUGUGCUGGGGGGAUGAGUUGGCGGGGAAACUAAUGGGGAUGGGAAAGGGUGUGGUCAAUGUUCGGGGAGGUCGAUGCCGAGAAACUGACCAUGAUGAAAGUUGAAGGGCAGAAAAGCAUUCCAUUCUGAGCGGUGAAAGGCUUCUAUUUUCUCUUGCUUUCAUGAUGGGCUGGUUUUGGUGGGAGCUUGGCAUAGUAUCUGGUGAUGAAUCUUCUUCAGUUUAAUGUAUGAUGGCCGACACGGUCAAAUUUUCCACGAUGCGUUGCAGCCAGCCUCACCAUGUAAAAUAUAACUUUGUAACAACCCCCCUGUCCUGCUCGUUGACAUCCCUUCUUGGCUUGUUGACCUUGACCCCACGAGUAAACUGGG